AUGCAGGAACACAGGCCGCAGAGGGAUUCGUCCUUGAAAGCUGCCACUAGACUGCUUGAUGAUGUUCUCAUCGAGAUAGUCGACACCGGUGGCUACGACAGACAGAUCGAAGGGUCAAGCCAGUUAGUUAGCCUUGAAGGCUCGGCAAAUGCUCGGAAUGCUCAACGGCAAGUCGGUCGAAACUGGUCUGCAGUUGCUUCCCGCCAACGCUCGUCCUGGAAGCAUGCAGAGCCUUGGGAACUUGCAGAGCUACGAAGUCCAGGACUCGAGCGAAUGUCCAUCAGAGCAGCUUUCGCCCAGAUAUACUACCCGAAGAGCAGGACUCCGGCGACAUCGACCUUUCGCGCAAUCAUCCAACAGGACGAUGACCUGAGAUCCAACCUGGCGCUUUCUCACGCUAUGGAUGCUGUGUGCCUAACUGAGCUCGGCAGCGUGACGCAGAGCCAGGCAUACCUAUACGGUGGAACUCAGCACUACCAGUGCGCCUUGGGCAUGUUCCGGAGACAACUGAAAUCCGCCAUUGAUGCCCAGCAAUUCGACAGCAAGCUGCUGGCCACUUGUCAUGCCCUCAUGUUUUGCCAGCGCUUCUCGACCUUUGGUGGCAAUGGAGACGAGGGCUCUUAUAUGCACAUGAGAGGCCUUGGGCACAUGAUGACGGCUAGAGGGUUGGAUUCGUUCACGUCCGAGUUCGACUUGCUGCUCCUCGAAGACUACCAGCACUACGCUCUGCGCCUGGGCAUGAUACAUCGGCGUUCAAUCGAUAGACGACUCGAGAAGGCCUGGGCGGAGAGACAACGUAGCUCGGCUGGCCCUCGCUACUUCCCGCAACUGAACAGCCUAGCCUUCCAACUGCCUGGACUUCUAGAGGCAUGCGACAACGCGUGUGCCGAAAUCAGGGCAGAGAAUCUCAAUGGCCGCGCAGGUGCUUGCACACGGGCGAUGAAGCUCAUGGCCGAACUGGGCGGCUUGGAGACGACUCUGCAAGCCUGGCUGCAGGGUUGGUACUCUUCCACGGAACAGCUGCCUUAUCGUCCAGUCCCAGUUCGCUCUUUGUUCUUCCUACAGCGACACUUGUCCGACAAGCUGCUGGACACUUUUCCAUCGGCACUGGAUUUUCCCUCAUUCGCAAGUGCUGCGACUCACUCGAGGUUUUGGGCCUGUCUCCUGCUCAUCCGAUCCACAUCAGCAGAGCUUUGUUCCGCGGUCAUACCAGACGAAAGGCCCUCCGCAAGACAACUCCACAACGUCACGGAGUGUGCUGAUGACCUUUGCUUAUCCAUGGCGUACCUUUGCGGCGCUCAAGAACAUGGCCUCGCUGGACCUGCCGCCGUGACGGGUCAUUUGAGGAUUGCAUUCGAGUGGUAUCAGAAAACAGAGGAUCGAGCCAAGAUGGAUUGGUGUAAAGCCAUCGCAGAGAUUGUGCAGGAAAGAGGACUAUCAAGUCCCACGUUGGUGACUUGA